UUUCCAAACUGAAGGCAGCAGCAGGUGGCCCUCUGACAUAGCAGAGGCGGUGCUCACUCUCGGGCCAGCCAAGGAUGUCCAGGUCAGAACGGGGCAAGAAUGCUCAGCCCAGUGGCAGCGAGGGGAGCAUGGAGCUGAAGCCAACCACCGAAGGGAACCACGGCUGCAGCAACGCAGCCUUCCAGGACGAAGGCCUGGAAGGGCAGGACGCACCAGGAAACAGCGCAGCCAGGAGCAGAGUUGUACGGAGCAGCAGCGGCGGGGAACAGGGAAAUGCCAAGCAGGGUGACAGUCAGAUCACGAUUGAGCAGGAGUCUCCAGGAAGCAAAGAAGACGUGGAGGAUGAUGACCAAGAUGAGCAUCCAAAGGGAUGUUUGGAAAGAAAGUAUGAUGCGGUUUGUGAGUUUUGUAGAAAGCACAGAAUCAUUCUUCGACGCGUCAUCGGGGGCAUUUUAUUGACUGGUUUCCUGGCUCUGGUGAUUGCAGCCUGCGUGCUAAACUUCCACAGAGCCCUGCCUCUUUUUGUCAUCACCGUGGUUGCCAUCUUCUUCGUAAUCUGGGACCACUUGAUGGCCAGAUAUGAGCACCGAAUCGAUGAGCUCCUGACUCCAGGCAGAAGACUUCUCAACAGGCAUUGGUUCUGGCUGAAAUGGGUGAUAUGGAGCUCCCUGAUCCUGGCGGUUAUUUUCUGGUUGAUCCUCGACACUGCCAGAUUGGGCAAACAGCAGCUGGUAUCCUUCGGUGGACUCAUAAUGUACAUUAUCCUGUUAUUUCUCUUUUCCAAGCAUCCAACCAGAGUUUACUGGAGGCCUGUCUUUUGGGGAAUUGGAUUACAGUUUCUUCUUGGACUCUUAAUUCUGAGGACUAAUCCUGGAUUUGUUGCUUUUGAUUGGCUGGGAAAACAAGUUCAGACUUUCCUGGGGUACACUGAUACUGGAGCUAUGUUUGUCUUCGGUGAGAAGUACACAGACCACUUCUUCGCAUUUAAGGUCCUGCCGAUCGUGGUUUUCUUCAGCACCGUGAUGUCGGUGCUCUACUAUGUGGGACUGAUGCAAUGGGUCAUCCGAAAGGUUGGAUGGUUAAUGCUUGUCACUAUGGGGUCAUCUCCCAUUGAGUCUGUCGUUGCUGCUGGCAACAUAUUUGUUGGGCAAACAGAGUCUCCACUACUGGUCCAACCAUACUUACCGCACGUCACCAGGUCAGAGCUCCAUGCCAUUAUGACAGCUGGCUUCGCCACAAUCGCUGGAAGCGUGUUGGGUGCCUACAUCUCCUUCGGGGUGUCAUCCACACACCUGCUGACUGCCUCAGUCAUGUCAGCCCCGGCAUCCCUGGCUGUGGCCAAACUCUUCUGGCCUGAAACAGAAAAGCCCAAAGUCACCCUCAAGAAUGCCAUGAAAAUUGAAAGUGGUGAUUCAAGAAAUCUCCUGGAGGCAGCGACACAGGGUGCAUCCUCAUCCAUCCCCCUGGUAGCCAACAUCGCUGUGAAUCUGAUCGCCUUCCUGGCCUUGCUGUCUUUUGUGAACUCAGCCCUGUCCUGGUUCGGAAACAUGUUCGACUACCCACAGUUGAGUUUUGAGCUCCUUUGCUCCUACGUCUUCAUGCCCCUCUCCUUCAUGAUGGGAGUCGACUGGCAAGACAGCUUCAUGGUCGCCAAACUCAUAGGUUACAAGACAUUCUUCAAUGAAUUCGUGGCUUACGACCACCUCUCAAAACUGAUCAAUUUGAGGAAAGCAGCUGGACCCAAAUUUGUGAAUGGCGUGCAGCAAUACAUGUCGAUUCGUUCCGAGACCAUUGCGACGUACGCCCUCUGUGGUUUUGCCAAUUUUGGUUCCCUAGGAAUAGUGAUCGGCGGACUUACGUCCAUGGCUCCAUCCAGAAAGCGUGACAUUGCCUCCGGAGCCCUGAGAGCCCUGAUCGCAGGGACGGCUGCCUGCUUCAUGACAGCCUGCAUCGCGGGCAUUCUCUCCAGCACCCCGGUAGAUACCAACUGCCACCACGUUCUGGAGAACACCAACAUACUCAGCAACACAACCGAAGUGGUAUCUUGCUGCCAAAGUCUCUUGAACAGCACUGUCGCCAAGGGACCAAGUGAGAUCAUCCCAGGAGGAAACUUCAGCCUCUUUGUUGUGAAGAGCUGCUGUGAGUUGUUGAAACCAUCGACACUGAACUGCAGUUGGGUCCCGAAUGCUCCAUGAGCUCAGUCGUGUAUCCGGUGGGAUUCUGAAUGCAGAUACUGGGUUUUCUGCUCUGGAGGGGACAGAAAGCUAUUGUCACAGGUUGAUGACUCCACCACAGACUCAGCUUUAAUGGCAGAGAAGGAAGGGUUGAGGGGAUCCUUCUGAGAGACAGCGUCUCUUGCCUCCCCUCCCUUCUUAGCCCACCCUCUCUCCAUGGAGAACUCCUACGAUGAUGUCCCAAAUGGAGGUGUGACCUUCAGUCCAAACAAUGUUCUCUUCCUGUUUUCAAGGGCUCCAUGAGAAAGUAACGUGCGCACGAGCAUAUAUAUGGUAGCUCUCAGCAACGGGGCUAUGACUCGGCCAUACCCCCUUACAGUGCUCAGAGUAUUUCAGGGUGGUGUGAUUUAGACAAGUAAGGCCAUCCUGCCUUUGCUCGUGGUUAUCUGAAAGCGCCUUCAGUUUGACUCUCAUGGGAAGGAGGGCUAAUCUGCAAUGACACACCCAUUGGCUUUCUUCUUUUGUAAUCAAGAGUCGUUCAGAGAGCCAUGUAGACCCUAUGGAAACCAGUGGAAGUCCGUACACUUUAGAGACUUGUAAGCAAGCGCCAGGCUGCAUCUCUUAAGGUAUUCUCUUAGUAUCUUUUUAUUUUUUUGGCUUUUCGAGACAGGGUUUCUCUGUAUUGUUUUGGAGGUUGUCCUGGAACUCACUCUGUAGACCAGGCUGGCCUCGAACUCACAGAGAUCCGCCUGCCUCUGGCUCCCGAGUGCUGAGAUUAAAGGUGUGCGCCACCAAGGCCCGGCUCUUUUUAUUUUUUUCUUUGACAGUUUUAGACACACAUUUAAUGUAUGUUGAUCUCACCCACUGCCAUCUCCCAGUGUCCCUUCCCACCCCUCUUAGGCAUCCCUCAACAUGCCCCAACUCACAAUCUUGUCCUCUCUUGGUUUUGUAACUCACUGAGUCUCGCGCUCCCUACUGGAAUGUUGGCUUGAUCGUGUGCUAGUCACCGCACCUAGAGUGAGCUCAAGAAGGCGGAGCCGAGUCAUGUCCAGAAGACAGGAUUUCACCCCCUCUGUUCCCAUUCCCUGGCUCUUCCGUCCUCCCCCCCCCCAUGUGACACUCUGUGCUUUAAGGAAGUUUAUCGCGAUGUUUGGUUUGGGACUGAGCGCUAAGUAGCCAAUAAUCCUCAGCACAUUAUCAGUUAUGAGUCUCUGCGUUGCUGACUUUGGAAUUAAUCUAUGCUGUGUCCGUUUCCAGUAUCCAAGCCAAAGAAACAGCUCCUAUGUGGGGUUCACUGACCUUAGGGAAACAUGCAGAAACAUGGCAGCUCCUAAAACUUCUGCUAGUAGAAGCCAAAUUUGGUGGCACACCCCUGUAAUCCCAGCACUUGGGAACUGAGACAGGAAGGUUAUGGGUUCCAAACCAUCACAGGGUACCUCACAGGACCAUGUCUCCAAGAAAAACCAACAAAACUCCUGCAAGGUUGUAACAGUCUUCAUUUCCACCAUGUGCUGUGGGCCAAAGUAUGUCCUGUGACAAGUGUGGUGUCUGUGGUCAUAAGUGAAUUUUCCUGCCACAGGAAGAGAACAGUGACUACUUUGAAGAAAUAGUACAGUAGACUACCCAAGUGCCUGAGAUGCAUGUCUCUGUCAUUGGGUAAAAUGUAUUUAUAGGCCUGUUAAUGUGCAAUAUUGUUAUAUUCCUGAUAACAAGGUUGUAUAACAUUAGUCCUCUGCCAGAAGCCGUGUAAGGACCAACCAUGAAGGAAAGUCAGCGCUGACUGAGAUGGGAAUGCCUUUCAUUGAAUCUCCCAUCAAUCAGCAAGACAUCACGCGUGCUCCCUGAGCUUCAGUGUUCAGGAGAGUCAGCAGAGCAGUGUGGACACCACACCGAGAGAAACCUCAACACCUCUGAGUCAAACAGGGACUCAGGAAGAGACUCAUCAGGGACAGGGUGAUGCAAUACCUUAAAUGACUUAUUCUGCUUCCCCUUCUGAUCAUGUACAAGAGCAAUUUUUAAAAAAAUAUAUAACAAUCUACAUAUAAA